AUGGACCCUAGCAACCAUGACGAAUACCCAGAUCGCGUGGCCGAAACGUUUGUCGAUCGAACACUUCUAAUCACAGGCGGCACUGGUUUCGUUGGUAAAGUUUUCGUCGAGAAAUUACUUCGAUCAUGUCCCGGUAUCAAAAAAAUCUACCUUUUUAUUCGUACGAAAAAAGACAAAGAACCAAACGAAAGAAUCAGAGAGAUGUUUAAUGGACCGUUGUUCGAUUUAUUGAAGAAACAACAAGGUGAUGAAAUUUUAAAGAAAGUUGAAGCAAUUUCUGCAGACAUGGAAGCACCUGAUUUGGCCUUGGCCGCCUCUGAUCGGAAGAAAUUAGCCGAGGAAGUGGAAAUGAUUUAUCAUUGCGCUGCGACAAUCAGAUUUGAUGAAUCUCUUCGUAAAGCCGUGUUUCUCAAUACUAGGGGCACUAAACUAAUGCUUGAUUUGGCUAAAGAAUGCAAAAAAUUGAUCGUUUUCGCCCAUUUGAGCACAGCCUACUGCCACCUCCACGAACGCGUGUUGUACGAAAAAGCAUACCCUCCCCCCACCAGUCCCCAUCACGUAAUCAAAGCUUGCGAAUGGUUGGAUGAAAAAGCACUCGAUACAAUCACAGACAAAAUUUUGGGCGACAUUCCCAACACUUACGCUUUCACUAAAGCUCUCGGCGAGAGCCUGGUCAAUGACGAAAUGGAAAAUCUCCCCACGAUUAUCCUCCGACCGUCAGUCAUUAUACCAAUUUGGAAGGAGCCCCUGCCGGGGUGGACCGACAACAUCAACGGGCCGAUAGGUCUCCUGAUCGGGGCCGGAAAAGGCGUGAUACGGACCAUGUAUUGUAAAGGCGAAAGUUACGCUGAUUACAUCCCUGUCGAUAUCGUCGCCAACUGUUUGAUCUGUUCGACUUUCAUUUAUUUGCAAUCCAAUAAAAGAAUUUUCAAUUUAACGAGUUCGGCUGAAUAUAAAGUAUCAUUUGAUGAGAUUAUUGAAAUUGGUCGUAAUGUUGUCUCGAAUAAAAUACCCCUAAAUGGGGUCCUGUGGUACCCUGGAGGCUCAAUGAAAAGGUCCAGAUGGCACCAUAACGUCGAUUUUUUCCUCUUCCAGCUGGUACCAGCUGUGUUUCUCGACGCUCUCUUAAUUGUUUUGGGAUAUAAACCAGUUUUGAUGCGAGUGCAAAAACGCGUCUCCAAAGGCUAUGAAGUGUUUGAAUAUUAUGCCAACAACCAAUGGGAUUUCAAUAAUGACGACUCAAUGAAAGCCCGCCAAAUGCUCAACCCAAAAGAACGAGCAAUUUACAAACUAGAUGGAGAUGGAAUUGACUACCACGACUAUUUCACCGAUUGUGUACGAGCUGCACGUCUCUACAUUCUCAAAGAAGGCGAUGAAACAAUACCUUCAGCCCGGAGACACAUGAGAUUGAUGCGUUUUGUGGAUGUGACGUGCAAAACCCUCCUCUUGUUUGCAUUCCUCUACAUGUUGUAUAAGUAUUUAGUGUAAAAAUAAUUUUGUGAAUGGAAUAAAGUAGGUAUAGAUUGA